UGAGCCACCACGCCUGGCCAGUACUCUUAUUUAUGCCUUUUUUUCUUGAGGCACAGAGAGGUUAAAUAACUUGGCUAAGGACACACAGUCAGUACAUAAUGGAGUCUGAUGCUAGAACCUGCCCUCCUGACGACUACAUAGAGCCUGUACAAGGAAAGGCCGGAGGGGGAAUUACAAACUGGGCCUGGCUUCCCUGAGGGGUGAUCUUUCGACUGGAAAUUAGAAAAGGAAAGCAGCUUCUUGGAGGUGAGGGACUGGAGAGAACGUGUGUGUGCGCGCGCGCGCGCGCAGAAACUGAAAGAUGGAAAACAGUGAGUGUUCAGGGGCUUCUGGCUGGAGGGCAGCCGUGGGGAAGGUCUCCGCAGCCUUAACCGGCUGCUAUGGUGGGGAUGUUUGAUGCCCAUCUGGGCCCCGGCUUUCUUAUUCUCAGAGGCCCUUCCCACAUCUUUAGGCAAGUCCAUUAAAUCCUCUGCGUGCCACAUUAAAAUACAAGGGCAUAUAUACAACUCUGAGUGCAGUUGCAACAGAAUCGUUUACACAAUAUUGCAUGUCCUAAACAUUCAAACAUCGAUUUCUUCCAAUUUUGCCGUUUCCUUUUGCACCUCUUAGCGCCAAUAGAUUUUUUUUCAGAUCUCAGAUAUUUAUUUUAAUAGGCCCCUGAGAGAGUCAUCAGACUCAGAGAGAAGGGAGAAUGGGAGAGGUGUGUAAGCAGCUUUCGUGCCAGGGACUAGUCGUUCAAGAAUUAGGAGACGCCCUGGGCACUGGAAACACUACGCAGAGCGAAGUAGGGACCGCGCCUGUGUUGUGUAGGGGGUCAGAGGUUGCUGAUACCUGGGACAUAGACUGGGUGGGCACGGGAAGUAAAGCCUCGGGACUUUGGUUAAGCGCGCCCCACUGGAGUAUCGCGCCGCAGGACUGCAGAGCCGCGGGCAGCGCUCGCCUUGGUGCAGGGUUCCAGCCACAUCUUCCUCGCCGAGCCGGCACCCUCCGCCAUUGAUCCGCCUCUGCGCCUGGCAAGCGGUGUCCAGCAGGGGGCGCGCGCGGAGCAGGCUUGGGCCCCAGGAAGAGCGCGCGGAGCAGGCUUGAACCCCAGGAACAGCGCGCGGACGGAGUCGCUGCAGCAAGUCCCCAGAUCCAACGGGUGUCAGUCCUCCCCACCAUCCCGACGCUCCGGAUUCACAACGUUGAAGUUAAGGGUCGAUCCGCAAACAGUGGCCAGGGGCUCCAGCUCUCCAUUCCUGGGUCUAUCUGGGGUCGGCCCCAGCCUGGUUAGAAGCCUUAGUCUGGAUUCGGCAGAUUCUGAAUCUGGGACCCUCUGCGCUCCCGGCUUGGAACCUUGUCACCCUCCCCUCCUCCACCCCUACUUCCACACACCUGAUUAGUUGACUGUUUCUUUAACGAUCAAAGACGUGGGCGGCGGCGGGGUGAGGUCUUGGUUCCCUGCUACCCAGCCCUCCCGUAACUGUGUCUUUAUUAACGUUAUAAACAUUAGACCCGCUUCUGCGCACCGGGCGGCGCCGGACGAGGUGCGCGCAGUCUUCUAGCUGAGCUCGGAGGCAGAUCCAGAAGUCGCGGCUCCCACCCCAGGCCUCGGCGGACUCUGCCUGGGGCGACUCGGGCUCCAGCCCUGCCCGGGCGGGCACUGCGCUCUCCAGGCUCGAAGGCAGGGGGCGUAAAAGCGGCUUGCAUUCAAUUAGCAGUGAAGCUCGCGGGCGCUGGCGGGACAGGCGCGUGAGGCCACAACACAUGCGAGUAUCUUCCUUGGGCUAUGUUUCCUGCUCUGCCACACCGGGUCUGGAGAAGGGGGUUCAGCCCUAGGACAUUUACUGAGAGUCGGCGAAUAUUGGGAGCCGUGAUGUUCCCCCUUCGGGCCCUGUGGUUGGUCUGGGCGCUUCUAGGAGGGGCUGGAGCAUGCCCUGAGCCGUGCGCCUGCGUGGACAAGUACGCUCACCAGUUCGCGGACUGCGCUUACAAAGAGUUGCGCGAGGUGCCGGAAGGACUGCCUGCCAACGUGACCACGCUUAGUCUGUCCGCGAACAAGAUCACCGUGCUGCGGCGCGGGGCCUUCGCCGACGUCACACAGGUCACGUCGCUGUGGCUGGCUCACAAUGAGGUGCGCACCGUGGAGCCAGGCGCACUGGCAGUGCUGAGUCAGCUCAAGAACCUCGACCUGAGCCACAACUUCAUAUCCAGCUUUCCGUGGAGCGACCUGCGCAACCUGAGCGCGCUGCAGCUGCUCAAAAUGAACCACAACCGCCUGGGCUCUCUGCCCCGGGACGCACUGGGUGCGCUACCCGACCUGCGUUCCCUGCGCAUCAACAACAACCGGCUGCGUACACUGGCCCCCGGCACCUUCGACGCGCUCAGCGCGCUGUCGCACCUGCAACUCUAUCACAAUCCCUUCCACUGCGGCUGUGGCCUUGUGUGGCUGCAGGCCUGGGCCGCGAGCACCCGGGUGUCCUUACCCGAGCCCGACUCCAUUGCUUGUGCGUCACCUCCCGCGCUGCAGGGGGUGCCAGUGUACCGCCUGCCCGCCCUGCCCUGUGCACCGCCGAGCGUGCAUCUGAGUGCCGAGCCACCGCUUGAGGCACCGAGCACCCCACUGCGCGCGGGACUGGCGUUCAUGUUACACUGCAUCGCCGACGGCCACCCCACACCCCGCCUGCAAUGGCAACUUCAGAUCCCCGGUGGCACCGUAGUCUUAGAGCCACCAGUUCUGAGCGGGGAGGACGAUGGGGUUGGGACGGAGGAAGGAGAGGGAGAAGGAGAUGGGGACUUGCUGACGCAGACCCAAGCCCCAACGCCGAUUCCCGCACCCGCUUGGCCCGCGCCCCCAGCCACACCGCGCUUCCUGGCCCUCGCAAACGGCUCCCUGUUGGUCCCCCUCCUGAGUGCCAAGGAGGCGGGCGUCUACACUUGCCGUGCACACAAUGAGCUGGGCACCAACUCUACGUCAGUACGUGUGGCGGUGGCAGCAACCGGGCCCCCAAAACACGCGCCUGGCGCCGGGGGAGAACCCGACGGGCAGGCCCCGACCUCUGAGCGCAAGUCCACAGGCAAGGGCCGGGGCAACAGCGUCCUGCCUUCCAAACCCGAGGGCAAAAUCAAAGGCCAAGGCCUGGCCAAGGUCAGCAUUCUCGGGGAGACCGAGACGGAGCCGGAGGAGGACACAGGUGAGGGAGAGGAGGCCGAAGACCAGAUCCUCGCGGACCCGGCGGAGGAGCAGCGCUGUGGCAACGGGGAUCCCUCUCGGUACGUUUCUAACCACGCGUUCAACCAGAGCGCAGAGCUCAAGCCGCACGUCUUCGAGCUGGGCGUCAUCGCGCUGGAUGUGGCGGAGCGCGAGGCGCGGGUGCAGCUGACGCCGCUGGCUGCGCGCUGGGGCCCUGGGCCCGGCGGGGCUGGCGGAGACCGGCGACCCGGGCGGCGACCCCUGCGCCUACUCUAUCUGUGUCCAGCGGGGGGCGGGGCGGCCGUGCAGUGGUCCCGCGUAGAGGAAGGCGUCAACGCCUACUGGUUUCGAGGCCUGCGGCCGGGUACCAACUACUCCGUCUGCCUGGCGCUGGCGGGCGAAGCCUGCCACGUGCAAGUGGUGUUUUCCACCAAGAAGGAGCUCCCAUCGCUGCUGGUCAUCGUGGCAGUUAGCGUAUUCCUCCUGGUGCUGGCCACAGUGCCCCUUCUGGGCGCCGCCUGCUGCCAUCUGCUGGCUAAACACCCAGGCAAGCCCUACCGUCUGAUCCUGCGGCCUCAGGCCCCUGACCCUAUGGAGAAGCGCAUCGCCGCGGACUUCGACCCGCGUGCUUCCUACCUCGAGUCCGAGAAAAGCUACCCGGCAGGCGGCGAGGCGGGCGGCGAGGAACCAGAGGACGCACAGGGGGAGGGCCUUGAUGAAGACGCAGAGCCGGGAGACCCAAGUGGGGACCUGCAGAGAGAAGAGAGCCUGGCGGCCUGCUCACUGGUGGAGUCCCAGUCCAAGGCCAACCAAGAGGAGUUCGAGGCGGGCUCUGAGUACAGCGAUCGGCUGCCCCUGGGCGCCGAGGCGGUCAACAUCGCCCAGGAGAUUAAUGGCAACUACAGGCAGACGGCAGGCUGAACCUCGGCCCGUCCGGCCCGCCCAUUCCCGACCUCCACCUAGGGUGCCUGGGAGCAGCAGUCUAGGGCUGGCAGGACUUAUGUCCCCCGUCCCCAACCUUCACCUACUCCUCCCCCUUACCACUUCGCAACCUUGACUACUAGGGACUUCUAGUAGGGAGUGGGCCGAUUUCACCAGUCCCGGCUACCCACGGCUGCCAUUCUCCCUGCGGGCUGAAUCCCCUUACCCGCGAAGCACAGUGUUUCUCUUACCCAUGCAAGACUCCACCCGCAGACGAUGGGCGAUAUCUAUGUCCCUCCAUUCCCAUCGCGAUUAUCUGCGAAAUCCGCCCCGCAGCCCGCCCCACUGUGGGCUCUAGAGCCAGAAGAAACGAGCGAAGACGUUGGAAACCUCACGGUAACGCCGUGGUUUCGGGGCCAGCCCGGGCCAGUGGAGUGCUGUGGGGUCGCACUUCGACCUCCCCCUCCCCCUUCCUUCCUUCCUUCCUUUGUUUUUCCUUUUUUUUUUUUUUUUUUUUUUUUUUUUGUGACGGAGUCUCGGGUCUGUCGCCAGGCUGGAGUGCAGUGGCGCGAUCUCGGCUCACUGCAACCUCCGCCUCCCAGGUUCAAGCGAUUCUCCUGUCUCAGCCUGCCGAGUAGCAGGGACUACAGGCGCGCGCCACCACGCCCAGAUAAUUUUUUCUAUUUUUAGUAGAGACGGAGUUUCACCAUGUUGGCCAGGAUGGUCUGCAUCUCUUGACCUCAGGUGAUCCAUCCGCCUCGGCCUCUCAAAGUGCUGGGAUUACAGGCGUGAGCCACUGCACCGGCCCCUCCUCCCUUUCAAUCCCUACACCCAGAAGCCGGGAUUCGUGGCAACCCCUAAUUUUUAGUUCCAAAGCCACCUCCCGGCAGGGAACCAAAUCCUUCUGUCCUCCCACCCCCACCCCACUUCUGGCCUGUUGGAGUCCAGCCCGGUGCCUGGGGCGCCUUUCAGCUCCGCGCUCAGAUUUUCCUGUUUUCGUUGUUUUCAAAGACAGCGACAUUUCGGGUCUGGUGCUAACACCCCCUUCCCAGCCUCUGGGAAAAUCGGGUGUGUGUGUCGGGGGGUAGGGAGGGAAUGCGUUUUCUGUUGUCUCUCUCCUAACUUAAAGCGCCGCAGGACCGCGCGCCUCUUGGCGGCUGAGCGCGUGGACUUGGUCCCGGGCCAAUUUCGUUAUCCGUGUGUUGGGCUUUCCGGAGGUCUGUGCGCCCAACAGCGCCGCUCCCGUGGAUCCACCCGACCCAGACCCAGCUGGAAAGCGCCAGAGGCGGAGGAAGCUGACUGUGGCCUCCCGGGCCACGGCUCUCGGGAGUGCUCGCGCCCUAGUUCGCACAAAGCCUGCGCGUGACUGUGCGACUGUGAGGUGGGAUCCGGAUGGAGCCGAGCCCCUCUGUCCUCGCGUCUUGGUCCUCGCGUCGCCCCGCCCCUGCUUCGGCGGGAAUCGUUGUUUGCCCGGCGUGUAGUCCCUGACAACCGUGCCCUGUAGGAGAAAAGUCUGUGUCCUGUAAAGUGUGACCGUGUAGUGUAGGGGGGCGGGCGGGGGUGCAGAUGGGCGGGGAGGGAGGGGAGGGGAGGGGCGCGGCGCGGCGACUGGGGGCGGAGUUCUUUUUUCCAUUUUGAAAGAAAGCGUCGGGGUUGGGGUGGGGGGAGUUUCAGUCCUCGGAAUCUGCAGUCUUCGCAAAGCGCAGCACAAGCGCGGGCCUGGGACGGAGUAGCCCCCGGAGCCCGUGUCCUUUUCUAAACGCGUCUGUAUGCAAACAGUCAAUAAAACAAUCGAUUUGA